AUGCCGGUGGUGCCCCCAGACAGUACGGUGACUGAUCUUACCGUUGCAGAACAUCUACACACUCUUCAUCGCCGCCAGCAACAGCAAGACGACGAACUGCGUCGUCUUAAUGAUCGUCUUGACUUAGUGCUCGAGGCUGUUCGAACUGUCAAGGACGACACUACAAAUACCGUUCAGGCUUUACAUGCCCGCCAACAGCAGCAAGAUGUGCAACUUCGUCAAUUAGACGAAAAACUUAGUCAGAUGGAUGACCAACUUACUCGAGGGUUCGACGGUUUAUCCGAAAAGUUUGCCAGGUUAUGUGGUAUUUAUCACGAGGAGCGAGAAGAGCGUCAAUCCGCUGAUCUUGGGAGACCGAGACUUUGUGAAGAAGGCAGACAUCAGAGCACUAGGCUCAAAGCCACCAGUACUUCCAUAGCGCAACAGUCAGCAGCUAACCACGUUUUCUCACCGUCGGAGGCAAUUCGAGUCACCCCUUCUCCAAAUCGUGCCGCGUCAAUCUCCUGCUAUGAACCCUCGGGAAUCCCACAUCAGACGAUCAUUAUACCUUCCCCAAGUAAUGCACCUGUUUACAGUGGCAAAGCCAUAGAAAAACCACGCCCAUUUUUACUGAAAUUACAGCAAUACACUGAAACUAUUUACAAUUGGUCUCCGGAAAUACUUCUUCGCGGAAUAUCCCAAUUUUUGGAUGGCACAGCCCUAGAAUGGUACUCCCAACUUCGUCUUAGUAAUCGAAUUCCCCCCACAUGGUUAGAGUUUCAACGAUUAUUUCUUGAACAAUUCACAUCGCCUUUACGAUCCGCUCAGUCAGAACAAGCAUGGAAAGAGUGCAGUCAACGAUUAGACGAACCCAUAAAUGAUUUUUUAAUACGUCUUCGGUCGUUAUGGCAAGAUCAAUGCCCGUCUGAAACGGAAUCGGAUCUGAUCAAACAUUUUUAUCGAAAAAUGCGCCCGGACAUUAUGAAUUUAAUCGGAGUCCCGAAUAAUUCCUCAUUAGAUCGAUUAAUUGGAGAAGCACGUCAAGCUGAGGAAAUCCUCUAUCAAAAAGGGUCGUCACAAAUGUAUGUCUCUCCAGCAACACGUAGAACACCUACCACACGCGAUAGUCCACCGUACUCAUACCCUGUUCGACUAGUAACGUGUUGGAAAUGUGGGCGUCAAGGCCACUACGCUAGCUACUGUCAUCAAUCACCCUACUAUCCAAAAAACACAUAA